CAAGGAUUGGAUUUUCUAAUCCCACACGCUAUAAAUACAAGCCUCGACUCUCAUUAUAUAAAACAACCAUUUGGCUGAUCUCCCUAAGACGAAGCUUCAUGAUAAAUAAAUAAAAAAUCUCAUGGCUGAUUUCACAGUAGAUUUGCAAAGCUUUAAGCCCCCAUUUCCUUUCUUAGAUAUUGAUGCAAGCAUGGCAGCAAUAAACCAAUUCACAGAAGUAAACCAGGCUAUCCAGCUAGACAAUCCAAUAAUGAAUAAUUUUCACAGUUUCACGCCUUUCACUAGUAACAACUUCUUUAGCCAUCAAGCACCAGAAUUCCCUGGAAACUUUGCAGGGAGUUUUCUUCCUGGUAGUUUCCAUCAAAAUGACCAAAAUGUUAUGCCUGUUUCUCAGACUUUCACCAUACCUGCAAAGGAAAGUGAAUUCCAAGAAAGCAAGAGAAGAGCAAUGGAUGUGUCUGAAAGCAGUUGUAUGAACUCAUAUCCUCGAGUUUCUGAAAGCGGGAGUAAAAAGAGAAAAAGCUCAAGAAGAGGAAAGAGAGUGAAAAGCAAUGAGGAGGAGGAGGAGAAAACAAGAGAAGUUGUUCAUGUUAGAGCUAGAAGAGGUCAAGCCACUGACAGCCAUAGUUUAGCAGAAAGGGUUAGAAGAGGAAAGAUCAAUGAGAGACUAAGAUGCUUGCAGGAUAUAGUCCCAGGCUGCUACAAGACCAUGGGCAUGGCAGUAAUGUUGGAUGAGAUAAUUAAUUAUGUCCAGUCCUUGCAAAAUCAAGUUGAGUUUCUGUCUAUGAAGCUCACUGCAGCAAGCACGUUUUAUGACUUCAAUGCAGAGACAGAAGCCAUUGAAACAGUGCAGAGGGCAAAAGCACAAGAGACAAAAGAGUUACAAAGAGCAAUGAGAGAAGGAUCCGGAGGACUUGCACAGUCCCACUCAUCAUGGCCCCUUUGACUUUAAUUUUUGGAUGCUAUUCCUUACUGCCAUACAUCACAAGAAGAUGCUCUAUAUUUCCAAAAUAUUUUUUAAUGUAUCAAAAUUAGAUCCCUAGCAAUGUAUGUGUAAUCGUUCAAUAUGACUCAAACUUGUUUGGGAAUACAAUUUUACUGGCAGAAUCCUUCUUGA